AUGCUACAACCACGACAGAAAAGAGACACGGUGCGCAUACACGUGAUUGUAAUCGUCGCUAUCAAAGGCACCAACAGUGUAGAGGAUUUGCUGACUGACUUACUGUGCGAACCGGCGCAAUUAGACUCCAUUCCGGUUGAUGGCAAAGUGCACAUGGGAAUCGGCCAUAGUGGAGAGUUUGUGGUGCAGACUGUCCUGCCCUACCUCAACGACUUGUUUGUGCCGUUGGGAUAUUCAGUGACAUUCACAGGUCACUCGCUAG